AUGGCAGGGACGUUAGUGUCUCGGGCCUUCCUUCUUCUUACCGCCUCUAACAAGAAGUCCAAUCCUUUCCCCUUUGUUCUCAGUAAGCGUCUCAUAGCCAUAGCUGCAGCCAACCACUCCAACAAAACCAUCUCUUUUGCUUCUUCUUCUUCACUCACAGAAAACCACCACAGGAGGUUGCUUCUCCCAUUAUCGCUAUCUCCUUUUCGUACCUUCAAUAGUGUUAGGUUCUUCAGCUCCUCUGAAUCCAGCACCAAAGUCAAUACCAAGGUUAACUUCUCUCUCCCUUCAGACGACGAAGACGAUGACGAAACGACGACGAAAACCCCCACCAAAGAGAUCGACAAGUCGAAGCUCCCUCCCCCGUACGACCCCUUCAACAAGAAGCCCACCAUCGAGGACCCAGAAGACCCAAAAGACCUGCAAGAAGUCUUCCACAAGAUGCGCACCGAUGGCCUCACCAACAAUGCAGUCAAGAUGUUCGACGCAUUGUCCAAAGACGGCUUAACCCACGAGGCCCUGGAGCUCUUUGCUCAUAUCAAGGACAAGGGUCAUAUGCCAGACGUCGUUUCACACACUGCCGUCAUAGAGGCCUACGCCAAUGCCGGCAAGACCAAGGAGGCUCUCAAGGUGUACCUGCGCAUGUUAGCCUCUGGGGUCGCCCCGAACGCCUACACUUACACUGUUCUCAUCAAGGCGCUGGCUGCCGACCCCAGUGGUAAGUUCCUUGGGGAUGCCAAGAAGUAUUUGCUGGAGAUGAUGGGGAAGGGAAUGCAGCCCAAUGCCGGUACCUACACGGUGGUGUUCGAGGGGUUUGCGAGGCAGGAGGAGAGGGCAGAGGAGGGGAGGGAGUUGCUGGUGGAAAUGAAAUUUAAGGGGUUUGUGCCGGACGAGAAAGCUGUGAGGGAGGUUCUUAAGAGCAAGAGAGGGCCUGUGGUUAGAAGCGUCAUCAACAUUCUCUUUGGCAAGUAG